ACUGUAAUUAAACUAAUUAGGGGGGGCUGAGAGAAAAUAGGGCUUAUGUGAGCCCCCAGGCUACCGUGGCCUGUUACUUAUCAUCAUAUGGGUUACAGCUGAAGUCGUCCUCGUCUUCUGCCGUUGGAAUCGUUUGAUCACAAGGAAACUUUCCCCGUCCUCAUUCUGAAAUAAUGCCCUUUCCUUGGAAGAUGUGAUGCCGUUGCCUAGGAGGUCUUUCAACGGCCGACUCUUCUCACUCGGCGGUGUGUUGCCUACGCGCCCGAGCACCAAGAUGGAGACUGUGUUGCGUCAUCCGUGAGUUUCACAAGUUUCCAGAAGUUUCCAGAAGACCUGUGUCUCUAUGAGUGAUCUACAGCUGUGCUUCAGAGGAGCAAAAGAAAAGCAGCAAAUGCAAGACGGGAAGUUGCCAUGGGAACAGGAUACCCCAGCGAUGGCAGGCCUGUUGUUGCCGGGGACGAUUGGAACACGCGAAUGGUGAACAGAUAGCCGGCUCUGGACUUUUCUCCCUCUUCAACAUGGGUGCCUGCCUGUGCACAAGUCACAAAGAGCUCCAGGGCACCAGCCAGGCACCUGUUGCUGGGCCGCAGUGCUCCAACGAGGGACAGCCCAUCGUCAAGAGUCCGCAGAAAUCAUCUAACGGGUCACUAUCGGACAAGAAGAGUACCAGCGGGUAUGACAUCGGAGAGCUGGCCACUUCCUCCCUGCUGGGCCUGGUGGCCACGAUUAAGGAGCACAUCACCAAACCCACGGCCAUGGCCCAGGGGCGGGUCGCUCACCUCAUCGAAUGGAAGGGGUGGAGCACCGGGGCCGGGGCGGAGGGGGCCGGGUACACCUGGGGAGGGGGCGGGGCGGGGCUGCAGGUGGACGAGCAGCUCUACAGCCACCUGACCGAUGAGAUCAAGGAGGCGCGCUUUGCCGCAGGAGUGGCGGCGCAGUUCGCCCUGGCAGAAGCUGCCAUGUGCGCCUGGUCUUCACCGGACGGCCCAGUCGACGCCAACUGCAGCGUAGCCCCAUUGCAAGAUCCCGAUGGCCUCUAUCUGUCUCGUUUUCUGUUGGACGGUGGAGGCGUAGGCGUCUCUCCGCGCCCUUACAUCGUCAACGCGGACGCCAGGAACGACGGCGUCGUUCCUCUUUUGCCUCGGCACCCCCAGCCUGACUCCCGCUCCUCAAGCUCUCCCUGCAAGCCGGCGACUGACUGCCCCCUACAGGAGCGGAGGACUUUGCGCCCCGACGGCUCGAUCCGACACGCGGACAGCAGCUCCCUCUCCGAAGACGAGGUUUUCUACGACUAGGCUUCGAACACCUCAGGAGCUGUGAAACACUCACGGGAGAUUAAACCGCCACAAGGUGAUGAGUUAUGGGCACGGAGAAGUGGGCAAUCUCUUGGAUCACAGCUUCUGAUCCCUUUCUCCUCUCUGUCAAUUUCAUGAUGAAGAAUCAAUAGACUUCUAUUGGGAACUGAUUGAGCACCAGUAAUGGUGCUCUGAAGGAGGGGGAAGUCAUUAGAAAAUGGAGUACCUGCCGAUGACUGUAGUGUCUGACUUUCUCCUUUGCUGUGUAAUGCCUUUGGAGUCUGGACAUAAAUCAAAGCCUUGGUCUAUUUUGUCCACCAGUUAGAGGUAGAAUUGACUGCAUACUUUUUUUUUUUUUUUUUUACACAGCUUUAUUUGUUCUUAUUGAAUCUCAAAAGCAGAUAUUUGCUAUUAUUGGAUCUAAAAAAUAAGACUAAUUGCGAUUAUUUUUCUUAUUUGUAACUUAACAUAAGAUAAUAUAAGCUUACUGUAAGUCAUGUACAUUUUCCUCCAAAAAAAAACGUUUUUAAAAGAUUGAAAAGAAUAUGUAAACUAUACUUUAAUCAGGAAAAUUGCAUAAUACACAGAAAAUCAUACCAAACUAACAGAAUAGUUUUUAUAAAAAUUCAAAAACCUGUCCUUUUUCAGCUGUGAGAUAACAUUAAACCUCAUGGAACGGACUAUAAACUCCACCAAUCAGAAAGCAGAGUUGAUGAUGUCAUAAAGGCUAGAAACCAGGCCUGUUUGUGAAGAUGAGCACUGAGACUGAUGGAGACUGAUUUUCCUGGGCUGGGUGCCUGGAACUCUCUACUCAACUGCUGAUUGGAUGAAUGUAGCAUCUUAUUGAAUGAUAUUCUUUGGGAACAAUACCGCAUACUUUUUCUUUUUUACCCGCUGUAAUAUCAUUAUGUAUACAUUCCAAUCAUUGUGAAAGACAUAAUUUUAUUCCAACUCUGCGUGCGUACUAGUAUGUUUGUGUUACAUCAACCUUUGCCACAUGAAAUUUCAAAUCAUGGAAUAGCUGAACGCAUUUAUAUUGUAUUAUAUUAUAUUGAAUGUCAGAACAUUACUUACUCAAAGGUUAAACUGAAUUAAUCAGGGAAAAAAAAUUGUUCAUGUCCAGAAAUGUUUAUGGUGACUCCCCAAUUGCAUCAGGCUAGCUUUUCUAGAAAGGCCAUGAAAGACAGCUACUGUAUACUUCUUGAUAAAACAUAGUUUCGUAAAAUAGUUGUACUUAGUUUAUAUAAACUAACUUUUUUUCAGUUGUUCCUCCUCCAGAAGAAAUGGUUCGCAUUCAACAGCAAGCGCACAAAAAUCACCUACAUCAAUUGAAUCAUUUAUAGCAGCAGGGGAAAAAGAAUUCUGAGCAGUGUUCUGUUUGUCCGCCCGCUGCUUUAAGUGGAUACGUAGAAGUAGGUGAUUUUUUUUUGCCUUAUUGUUGUGCGCGAGCCAUUUCUUUUGGAUUACGAUAAUCAUUUGGUUUUUACAAACCAUUCUUAUUAAGCAGUUGAGCUGUUAUCCGUUUUCUACCGCUGUUCCUUAUCCAAAAAGCAAGAGGGAGAGAGAAAGAGAGAGAGAAAUUUUUUUUUU